CUGAAUAAUAAUAAAAACAUACAAGAAAAAAAAACAGCAACCAAAGAGAGAGAGAGAGAAGAGCAAGACGCUUGUCUGUUGUGAAGACUUCACUGGACCUUUUAAAAACAGAUCACAUAGAUGUUUUGUCCGCAAGAUUGCACGUAUAAUGAAUGCUCAGCUGUCCAUGGAAAGUAUUGGCGAUCUGCACGGAGUGAGUCAUGAACAGGUGCCCGCGACGGCUGAUCUGAUGGGCAGCAAUAGCCCUCAUCAUAGAAGUCCAGUGGCCCAUCGCAGCAACCACUUGUCAGUCCACGCGCGCUCAAUGGGCAUGACAUCAAUCCUAGACAGCGGCGACUAUCAUCAUCACCGGCCCCCGGACCAUGGCCUGGCCGGCCACCUGCACCCGGCCAUGACCAUGGCUUGUGAAUCUCCCCCCGGAAUGAGCAGGAACAGCACCUACACCACGCUCACCCCCUUGCAGCCGCUACCUCCCAUCUCGACCGUCUCGGACAAGUUCCCUCAUCACCACCACCACCACCAUCACCACCACCAUCACCACCAGCGGAUCCCGGGCAACGUGAGCGGCAGCUUCACCCUCAUGAGGGACGAAAGGGGUCUCACUCCGAUGAACAAUCUCUACGCUCCGUACCACAAGGAUGUUACCGGCAUGGGACAGAGUUUGUCCCCGUUGUCAGGAUCCGGGCUGAGCGGUAUACACAACUCCCAACAGGGGCUGCCGCCUUACGCGCACCCGGGCGCCACCAUGCCCGGGGAGAAAAUGAUAACACCCAAUGGAUUUGAAGCUCACCACCCUGCCAUGCUGGCCAGGCAUGGCGAUCAGCACAUGACCGCGUCCUCAGUGGGCAUGGUGCAGAUCAACGGCAUUCACCACCACCCUCAUGCCCAUCUGAGCGCGCAGAGCCACGGCCAGGUCCUGGGCGCCACCCGGGAGCAGAGCCUGUCCUCUGUCCCCGGAUCACAGGUGAACCAUGGAGGUAAUUCAGGGCAAAUGGAAGAAGUCAAUACCAAAGAAGUAGCCCAGAGGAUCGCCACUGAGCUCAAAAGGUACAGCAUCCCCCAGGCCAUCUUCGCCCAGAGGGUGCUGUGUCGGUCACAAGGGACCCUAUCUGAUCUGUUAAGGAACCCCAAGCCGUGGAGCAAGCUGAAGUCCGGCCGCGAGACUUUUCGGAGAAUGUGGAAAUGGCUGCAGGAGCCUGAGUUCCAAAGAAUGUCCGCUCUCAGGCUCGCAGGUGAGCGAACACUAGCGUGUAAGAAGAAGGAGCUGGAGCACGGCAAGGGGGACCGGGGGAACAUCUCCAAGAAGCCGCGGCUGGUCUUCACGGACGUCCAGCGGCGGACUCUGCACGCGAUAUUCAAGGAGAACAAGCGUCCGUCCAAAGAAUUGCAGCUCACCAUCUCCCAGCAGCUGGGUCUGGAGCUCACCACCGUCAGCAACUUCUUCAUGAACGCGCGGAGGCGGAGCCUGGACAAGUGGCUGGACGACGGGAGCGCCAUCUCAGCCAACUCCUCAUCCUCAUCAAGCACUUGUACCAAAGCAUGAAAGCGUUAAAGACUGCGGACUAAAAACCUCGGUGGAAAAGCUUUAAAAAUAAAACUCACAGAAGCCUAACGAAGACCAGGACCUCCCGGACAGCAGUUUUUCCCGCAAAACCCGUCCGAGAGAAGACUAACUGUAGUGAUAUCAUUUACUAGCGUCCAAAGAAAUACCAAAGACUUCAGACUUUGCAUCAGACUUAAGUUCUACAGUGCAUUUUGGUCAGACACAUUGCAAAAAAAAGAGGAAAUAAGUUCUGAAAAAAAAAAAUGUUAAAAACACUGUUCAUACACCUUUUAACCCCAAAGCCCAACCUUGCACCCUCCCAUUCACGUCAUUAGCGCUCAGCAAAACUGGAGGAUAAAAUGGAGGUUUGCCGCAUUCUC